AUGAUUAUGGACAAGUCGAGUAACAGAGCUGAGGAAGUUUCAAAAGAUUUGAUUCCCGGUUUACCCUCGGAGUUAGCUAUGGAGUGUUUGGUCAGAGUUCCGUACCAAUUUCAAUCCGCCAUGAGAUCCGUUUGCCGUUCUUGGCGAAGCUUACUCUCCGACUCUUCAUUCAUCAAAGAGCGGCGGAGAUGCGGCAAAGCAGAGCUUCUCCUCUGCCUCGUUCAACCGCUUUCACCGCCAACACUGCCGGUGGUGGAGGAGGAGAAGAGUGAGAAACGCGUUUCCGGCACGCCCCGGUUUGGUUUGAGCGUUUACAACGCUACGAUGGCCACGUGGAACCGCGUCGCGCUUCCCCAGCAGCAGAUCCCGCUUUUCUGCGAGUGCGUCGCGGUUCAAGACGCAGGGAAGAUUCUGCUCAUCGGCGGGUGGGAUCCGGAGACGCUACAGCCGGUGAAAGACGUUUACGUUCUCGAAGGAAGCGGGAGGAGGUGGAGACGAGGAGCGCCGAUGAAGGAAUCACGUUCCUUCUUCGCCUGCGCUUCCGUGGGUUCUACAAAAGUGUACGUCGCCGGAGGACACGACGAGCAAAAGAACGCCUUAAGAUCAGCUGAGGUGUACGACGUGGAGAAAGACCAGUGGUCAACGAUCGCAUGGAUGGCUGAAGGAAGAGACGAAUGUCAAGGUUUAGCCAUGGGGACGGGGGUAGGAUUCUGCGUUUUAAGCGGUUACGCAACGGAGUCUCAAGGGAGGUUCCGACAGGACGGAGAAGUUUAUGAUCCGAUGACAAAGUCAUGGUCAAGAAUCGAAAACGCAUGGCCGUUUCCGGAUACAAGCCCUAGAGGCCGCACCGUUGUAGACACUAGAGGCUCCUCUAGGUUAUGUCGUUUCAGUACAGACCGUGAGUUACAGAGCCAGCGUCAAUGGGAAAGUAGAGACGGUUCGAGAAAAUGGAAUCUGGAUGUUGAAGUUACACAGCUUCCGACGAGUGGAAGUUCGGUUUACGUCGGAAGCUCUGGAGGUGAGUCGGUGGUAAUGAUCGGCGGAAGAAGAGAGACUAAAGGAUUGUUGAUGAAGACGACAACGGAGAAGAAUGCCGGAAAGUGGAGUCAUGUCAAUGACAUACCUUUUGGUUUCUCCACACUUCCAUUCUCACAUGCUUCAAUCUAUGUCUGAAAGUCUGAUAUAUCAAUUAGCAGCAUAACCUUUGACUCCUCGUAUGAAUAUAUAACUUGGAAGACCAUUUCAAAAGCAUUUUGAAAUGAAAUACAACAUAUACGAGAGGUUAUUACCUUUUUUGGAUCCUAAUGGAGAAUAUAGAAAUCUGGUUGCAGUGUCA